AUGAAUAACCAGCAGCUGGUGAAGCUAUGCAGCGGGAUGAUCGAAGCGGGUCGUGUGUACAUCAGUGCCAAUAAACUCUUCGUCAACGGCAUUCGAGACCUGUCUCACCACUGCAAAAAGGAGGAGAUGAUCUCAGAAUGUCUUGAAAAGUGUGGCGAUAGCCUUCAGGAAAUCGUUAACUAUCACAUGAUCCUGUUCGACCAGGCACAGAGAUCCGUAAAGCAACAGUUGCAUAAUUUUGUGAAGGAGGAUGUUCGGAAGUUUAAAGAGACGAAGAAGCAGUUUGAUAAGGUGCGGGAGGAUAUGGAGAUCGCCCAGGUGAAGAACGCACAGGCACCACGCAGCAAACCGCAUGAGGUGGAGGAGGCCACCAGCACCCUCAUCACCACCCGGAAGUGCUUCCGACACCUCGCCCUGGACUACGUGUUACAGAUCAAUGUUCUUCAGGCCAAAAAGAAAUUUGAAAUUUUGGAUUCGAUGCUGUCGUUCAUGCAGGCUCAGCACAGUCUCUUCCAGCAGGGCUUCAACCUCUUGGACGAGAUUGACCCCUACAUGAAGAAGCUGGCUGUUGAGUUGGAUCAGCUGGUCAUAGACUCAGCGAUGGAGAAGAGAGAGAUGGAGCACAAACAUGCCACCAUACAGCAGCGAACUUUGAUGCAGGAUUUUGCAUACGAUGACUCCAAAGUGGAAUUCAAUGUUGAUGCUCCUAAUGGUGUGGUGAUGGAGGGAUACCUUUUCAAGAGGGCGAGCAAUGCUUUCAAGACGUGGAACAGGCGAUGGUUUUCAAUACAGAACAGUCAAUUAGUGUAUCAGAAACGACUCAAAGCUGAAUCUGAGAAGCUCCGUCAAGCUUGGAUUCAAGCAGUUCAGGCGAGCAUUGCUUCUGCCUACCGGGAAAUUUCUGAGAACUAUUACAUUGAGGUCAGUCCAACUACUCUGAGUUUGGGCGUCCACUGCUCUAAAGUUCGCUCUUUAACACUGGACACAUGGGAGCCAGAGCUUAUGAAGCAUGAUGAUCUCUAUUUGUCAUCCUCAGCUGCAGCAGCCGCAAAGUUUCGGAGAGAAUCCUUGUUUUGUCCUGACGAGCUUGAUUCGCUCUUCUCAUACUUCGACACCGGCUCAGGGCCUCGCAGCCCCGCAGGUCUCAGCAGUGAUAGCGGGCUUGGCGGCAGUACUGACGGGAGCACAGACAUACUCGUUUUUGGCUCAGUGGUGGACAGCGUCACUAAGGAAGAGUGUGAGGACUCGGAUGAGUCCAGCGGGGAGGUUGAUAUCGAGCAGGAAGCGUCGGAUCCAGAGGACGGCAGGGAGCUUGACCCGAAUGCGCUGCUUCAUAAGGCGUCACGGGCCAGGAACCUACCGGUCAUGGCAGAGGCCCUCGCACACGGUGCAGAUAUCAACUCUGUCAGCGAGGAGGACGAAAGCAAGAGUCCAUUAAUACAAGCCGUCGCAGGGGGCUCUCUGAUAGCCUGUGAGUUACUACUGCAGAAUGGAGCAGAUGUCAAUCAGAGGGACAUACGAGGACGGGCACCUCUGCACCACGCCACGUGUCUGGGUCACACGGGACAGGUGUGUUUGUUCCUGAAGCGAGGAGCCUCUCAGGUGGAGGUCGACAAGGACGGGCAGGACCCUCUUAGCAUUGCUGUUCAGGCAGCCAACGCGGACAUCGUCACCCUAUUGCGGUUAGCCCGGAUGACCGAGGAGAUGCGCGAAGCGGACGGGCCCUUCGGACAACCAGAACCCAGUAUACCUACGAGUCCAUUGAGGGUAAAGCACAAGAGUUCCCGAGCUUCACCUCGUGCUCUGCCAUCUUUCGGGAGUUUCCGCACAUGGCUUUACACGCCUCCAAAACACUAACCAGCUGUCCCACUUAACCAGACAGACGCCCUCAGAGACUCAAGCAGGACAUGAAGGACUGCGAUGAAGAUUCUACUCAACUUAAAGGAUAAUAUAUGACAAUAUUUAAAGACGAGCUUUGGGGAUAGUGAUGGGUUUUAACAACAUAGAUUGAUUUGUUUUUAGAUUUGGUCAUCUCCUAUGGCUCUGUAUAGGAUUUAAAGCUUUUAUGGUUCUUUUAUGUUGUUUUUAAAGGUUGACAUCCCUUGUGUGAAUUGAGUGGAGUUAAGCAGCUCUGAUUCCCAGGAUUUGCUUCCCAUAAUUAAAGAGAGAUUUAUUCCGAAUUCUUGGUAUUUGUGCUAUCUGUGAAUAAAAAGUCUAAUUCGCAUGCAAC